AUGUGGGUGCUGCGAAGGAGAGUGCUGGUAAAUAGCCAUAGAAAUAUAAACACAGCUUCUAUUUUCCACAAUAAAUGGGCUAGGCCGGUUGAUUUCAAAGUUCCUGAGGUUACAAGCAAGGCCAAUGGCAAGGACACUCGCAAGGCUACUAGUAAUCCUACUAGUAAUCCCACUAGCAAUCCCAAUACCACCUCUCCACAAACCAAAACCCAACCAAUACCAGCGAACAAGAAGAAAUCCGGCAGGAGUUCGCUGCUGAGUGGCGAUGUAGACCCAUCGGCUUGGAAGAAGACAAAGUCGAAGCAGGCAGCACACGCGCCGACCAAGUCCAAGGAGAAGAAGAACACAUCCAAACCACCCAAUAAAGCACCAGCACCCGCCAAACGUCAAGUAUUCAUCCCAGCAUUCAUAUCCGUAGCGAACCUAAGCAGGCUAUUCAACAUGCGCCUCGACAAGCUACAGCGGAUAAUGAUACAUUCCGGGCUGGACAAUAUGCAAUACGACAGGGUGCUCGUAUCUGAAGACGCGUCUCUCCUCGCUAUGGAGUGUGGUUUGGAACCUGUGCAGAAUGAGGAGAGGGCAUUCGACCUGUACCCUUCCCCACCACAUUCUGAACCCGACUCUCUCCCUCUGCGUCCACCCGUCGUCACUAUUAUGGGUCACGUAGAUCACGGCAAGACUACCCUGCUCGAUAGGCUCAGAUCUGCAGCUGUUGCACCCUCGGAAGCGGGUGGCAUUACCCAGCACAUAGGUGCCUUUUCCGUGGCUGUGUCGAGCUUGAGCACCAACACGAACAGCAGCGGCAGUAGUGGCAGCACCACCACACCGACAACAGACUCACCCAACAGCAUCACUUUCCUCGAUACACCUGGCCAUGCAGCUUUUACAAACAUGCGCGCACGCGGUGCGAGUGUGACGGACAUAGCGGUGGUUGUGGUAGCCGCGGACGACGGAGUGAUGCCGCAGACAAAGGAGGUGAUUGAGUUAUGCACGCGCUCCAACCUCGGUGUGAUCGUAGCCAUCACCAAAUGCGACAAGGCAGGUGUAGAUACGACAGCGAUCAAGUAUGAUCUCCUCGCGAAUGGAGUCACGCUGGAGGAGUUCGGUGGCGAGACGCCAGCCGUGUUAGUAUCAGCUCGCAGUGGGCGUGGAAUGGCCGAGCUGACUGAUACGAUUGCCGCACUGAGCGAAAUGCAGGAUUUGCGUUCGGAGAUGACGGGCCGCGCUCACGGUGUGGUGUUGGAGAGCCGCGUCGAUAAAGGGCGGGGUAAUCUCGCUACUGUGCUCGUCACGCGUGGCGUACUCCAAGCAGGCGCGUGCGUUGUGGGUGGCGCGACGUGGUGUAAAGUGAGACAGAUGGAGAGCGAUAAGAGGGAAACUGUCAAGAGCGCUCAGGUUGGCCUUCCCGUUGUCGUCGCUGGGUGGAAGGACCUGCCUAAAGCGGGCGAUGAGGUCCUCGAAGCUACCGGCGAAGAUGAGGCUAAACGGGCUGUAUCUAAUCGUGUGGAUGCUAUGCACCGCCUCAAAACUAUGGCCGAGCUCGAGGUUAUCAACGAUAAGCGCCUCGCUCAUCGUGAGCUGAGAGAGAAUGCUAACGAAACCACCCAUGGAAUUAGCCACGAUGAUAACGCGGAGAACGCCCAAGAUACUGCACAAACACCCACUAAAUACCUCAAUGUCGUUGUCAAGGGUGACGUCAGCGGCACAGUGGAGGCAUUCGUAGCGGCGUUGGAAGAUAUCGGCAACGAACACGCGCGUGUCAAAGUCGUUGCGAGUGGGGUGGGUGAUAUAAGUGAUUCGGAUAUAACGCGAGCAGUGGCAGGUGAAGCAUCUAUCGUAGGAUUCAACGUUAAAGCCACACGCAGUAUAAUGAACACAGCAGCCAUGUCGAAUGUACAGCUGACGGUGGAUGGGGUAAUAUACCGAUUGCUAGAUCAAAUGAAGGUACGCGUCAGUGAACUACUCCCACCGAUAACGGAAAUGAGAGUACUGGGUGAGGCUAGCGUGGUGGAGUUGUUCGAUAUCAACGUCAAAGGUCGUACAUUCAAGCGGGUGGCUGGAGUCAGAGUAGGGAAUGGAAAUAUCACAAGACAGGGGAGUGUGAGAGUGAUCAGAGGUGGUGAGACAGUGUAUACGGGUAGAUUGGAUACUUUCAAACAUCACAAGAAGGAUAUCAACCACGCAGGUAAAGGAUUAGAGUGUGGAUUGGGAUUUGAAAACUUUCAGGAUAUGAAAGCAGGUGAUGUGAUACAGUCGAUAGAAAUGACGUCACGUCGACAGGCUAUGUAA